ACGUUGUAUUUGUUAAUUUGGAAGGGCGAGCGAAUGCAGCAGAGAGGGAGAUCAAACAACAGCAGAUCGAGGAGCUUCUCCAGAACCCGCUUCGCCGUUGAGGGUUGUUAGCCUUCGCAUUUUCUCUCUUCGAAUCAUCAAUUUCCCUCGUUUCCAUCUCGCUUUGCAUUUGGGUAGUCUACAUUGAUUUCGCAAUGGCUGCCAUUCAAGAAGAAGAGCGAGAGGUGCAGAAGAGCUACUGGAUCGAGCACUCCGCGGAUUUGACCGUCGAGGCUAUGAUGCUCGACUCCAAAGCCUCUGAUCUUGAUAAAGAAGAGCGACCUGAAGUACUUUCUAUACUUCCACCUUAUGAAGGAAAAUCAGUUUUAGAACUUGGAGCGGGUAUUGGUCGUUUUACUGGUGAAUUAGCUCAGAAGGCUGGUCAGCUUCUUGCUUUGGACUUUAUUGAGAGCGUGAUAAAGAAGAAUGAAAGCAUUAAUGGACACUACAAGAAUGUUAAGUUUAUGUGUGCAGAUGUGACAUCCCCAGACUUGAAAAUAUCUGAAGAAUCAAUGGACUUGAUAUUCUCCAAUUGGCUCCUUAUGUAUCUUUCAGAUAAAGAGGUGGAGUAUGUGGUUGAAAGAAUGAUCAAGUGGUUGAAGGUUGGUGGAUUUAUUUUCUUCAGAGAGUCUUGUUUCCAUCAAUCUGGAGACAGCAAGCGAAAGUGCAACCCAACCCACUACCGGGAGCCCAGAUAUUAUACGAAGGUCUUUAAAGAAUGCCAUUUGACUGAUGGUUCUGGAAAUUCCUUUGAACUCUCUCUUGUUGGCUGCAAAUGCAUUGGUGCUUAUGUGCGAAACAAAAAGAAUCAGAACCAGAUUUGCUGGAUAUGGCAAAAAGUCAGUUCGCAGGAUGAUAGGGGGUUCCAGCAGUUCUUAGACAAUGUUCAGUAUAAAUCUAGUGGCAUAUUACGUUAUGAGCGUGUCUUUGGACAAGGUUUUGUGAGCCCGGGAGGGAUAGAUACGACUAAAGAAUUUGUGCAAAAGUUGGAACUUAAGCCUGGCCAAAAGGUCCUAGAUGUUGGAUGUGGCAUUGGGGGAGCUGACUUUUAUAUGGCUGAGAACUUUGAUGUUGAAGUUGUUGGGAUUGACCUCUCCAUAAACAUGAUUGCUUUUGCUCUUGAACGUGCUAUUGGACUGAAAUGCUCAGUUGAAUUUGAAGUUGCUGAUUGCACUAAGAAAACAUAUCCUGACAAGGCAUUUGAUGUGAUAUACAGCCGUGACACCUUUCUGCACAUUCAAGACAAACCUGCAUUAUUCAGAUCCUUCUACAAGUGGUUGAAACCCGGAGGUAAAGUUCUUAUCAGUGAUUAUUGCAGGAGUGCUGGAACUCCAUCUCCAGAAUUUGCCGAAUAUAUUAAACAAAGAGGAUAUGAUCUCCAUGACGUUAAAGCCUAUGGUCAAAUGCUUAAGGAUGCUGGUUUUGAUGAGGUCAUUGCGGAGGAUCGUACUGAUCAGUUCAUUCAAGUUCUACAGAGGGAAUUGAAUGCCCAUGAGAAGGACAAGGAUGAAUUCAUCAGGGACUUUUCUGAAGAAGACUACAAUGAAAUAGUUGGUGGAUGGAAGGCAAAGCUGAUCAGGAGUUCGUCUGGCGAGCAGAGGUGGGGGCUGUUCGUUGCGAGGAAGAAGUGAUUCUGUUUCCCAUCAUUUGCCCUAUCUAUAUUAAUAGCUUUUAAUGUGUAUUUGGAACAAUCUUUGGUGUUGGUUGUAUCGUUUUAGUUGAUGGUUGAUGUCUUCAUAGCAUCCUAUCUAUGUUGAUUUCUCAGCAAACCUGUUCAUCUUUAAAUAAUGAUCAGAUAGAGGAGAGACCUGAUGAACUCGCCAGUAAGGAAAAAAAAAACACAUUUGUAGGUUUGACUUUUGCUUAUGUUAAUGACAUUAAUAGUUUGAUUUA